ACUCUAACCACGUGUAAAUUGACUGUAUAUUUUUAGUAAAAUUCAGUGGAUUAUUCCAAAGAAGUGAGUAAGCAAUGUCCAUAUUCCACGAUGAAGUAGAGAUUGAGGACUUUGAGUACGACCCAGAAACAGAGACCUACUACUAUCCCUGUCCCUGUGGAGAUCAAUUCGAGAUUACUAAAGAGGAUUUAGAGGGAGGAGAAGAGAUAGCAAGAUGCCCUAGCUGCUCUCUGAUAGUUAAAGUCAUCUAUGAUCAGGAUCAGUUUGUCUCUGAUGAAUCAAGUACCUUGAACUCUCAUAGAACUAGUGACAAUAUACUAAAGAACUCGUGAUUUAUGAUUAAUAUUGAUAUCUUUUCAU